AUGCCCUCCCCCUCACCCCUCGAAAUCCGCGAACGCAACGAAUCAGGCAUUCUAACAGCGACAUACCUCUUAACCCCCAACCCAAACUCCAACCCAGACUCAGAACCACAAAUAGCAAUCCUCCACCCCGCGAACAAAAAAUCCCUCGCGCAGAAACUCCUCGAUGUCUUCCUGCCAGCGGGGUAUCCGCACAGCGAUUCACUGCAGGCGUUUUCAUCGUCAAUAGCUGGGUUACUGGCGUCACGGGCUGUGCUUGAAGUCUUCUAUUCUACACCGCAUUUCCAAACCACCCCAUCUCCCCACAAACUAACACCCCGCUCUCUCCCCCCAGGCCUCGGCGUAGGCUCAACCCACACCUCCCCCACCUCCGCACUCCUCCUCUCCAUGCUCCAAGAAUCCAUGGGCCGCAUCGCGACCAUCCUAUUCGCGCACCGGCUCGGCACCGCCCUGGAGCCAGAGUGCAAAAUGUACCGUCUAGCGGCCGACAUCUUCAACGACACGGCCAUGGUGCUCGACUGCCUGUCACCCGCGUUUCCGCGGCCCGUGCGUGUGCUCGUGCUGGGGGGCUCGAGUGUGCUGCGGAGUUUGUGUGGCGUGUGUGCGGGCAGUGCGAAGGCGAGUCUGAGUGCGCAUUUUGCGCGCAGGGGGAACUUGGGGGAAUUGAAUGCUGUGAGUACUGUGAUGGCUGAAGGAUUCGAGCCAAGAAACGGUCAUAUCGCUGUUUGGAAUGCUGUCUCAUGGGUGUCCACACCAAGCGCGACAUGGUCCGUUCUAAUUGCGCUACUCUCCAUUCAUCUAGCGACGAAUUACGCUGCAGUAAAGGCUGUCAGCAUGCGCAGUCUAAACCGACAGCGAGCAAAUAUUGUGCUCGGUAGCGUCCUUCAACACGGCAAGGUUCCGAGUCCAACAGACGUGUCCAAGCGAGAGCGCAUUUUUGAAAGAGACGGAGCGCUCCGAUGGGUUGAUGACAGUAUUGUUGGAUACUGUAGAGUAGGGGUAACGCUCGAAGCGCUGCUCAACAGUAUAAGCCCACGCCACAAGCGAACGGGAUCGCGCGACUUACUUGCCGACAAAAUAUCCGAUCUGCUCGACAUAUUCGCCGACGAAGCCUACGUUCUAUGGUUUGCCGUUCACGAGUCCAAAGCUCUAAUUGUACUGAAAGAAGGGUGUACUCCGAAGGACCAGCUCCAAGCAUGGACACAUGCGUUGCUGCUUGCUCAGACAGUACAACGGCAGCAGGUGGCUAGAGAGAAUCGGGACAAAGAUGACAGACCCUCGUUUGAGGACGGACUUGUUGAGCUCCGACGGACUUUGGAGAAAACCCGGGGAGCGUUUGGGGCGUAUGCUGAACGGCUGAGGGACAAGGGGUGGGAUCUAGAUGUCGCUGCUCUAGAGACACAGGGUGGUACGCGCGCAGUGUUUGAUGUGAAAAAGAAAAGAUGA